UACUGGCAGAAAAAUUACAGGACAGUGUGAUUGUUUUGUUGUCUUAUGGUCAAGGUAAUCUAGACUAAAAAUAGAUGUAGAUGUAAUGUCAAUACCUACCUCAAAGGAGGACACAUUAUCUGAGGUUGGCAAUGUCACCUGUAGAAUAGAAUAGAACAGAAUAAACUGAGAAUCCUUUCCCAAAAUUAUAAGCAAUACUUUUAUUUCUUAAUAUGUCCCUUACAUAUUGUCUUUAUAAUGAAUAAAAAAGGAAUACCCUCUAUAAAUAUAACCACACAUUUUGCUUAGCCUACAUUUCAACACAUUGACUAGGCCUAUGCCUUCCAGAGACUCUUUAGCUACUGCUUUGGUACAUUUUUCGACCAUGAAAUUCUGUACAUUAAAAGGUGUCCAUUACCUGUGGGCUAUUCAUAUAAAAGGACCCGUUAGCUGAACAUCCUAGAAGUGAGGUUAAGCCUAUUUCCAUGAUUUAAUCAUGUAUUUAAUUUGAGGCCAAGCUAAUAUAGGGUUAUGUCUAGUCAGCAACAUUCAUGAACCAUUCAACAUUUUUGUAAACAGGCUACAACAAUCAUUUACAUGGAGAAUGGCAAUUGAUAAUGUGUAACUUAUAAUAACCAUUUUUUCUUAAUCAAUUAACUUUUUCAGUGAAAGUUGCAUAAAUACUUAAAAUAAUAGUAGCUUACCCGAAACACUGCUUAGUUGGUACUAGCUAAUAAAGUUUUGUAAUUCAAACCAAAGCCUGAGUGACGUAUGUUACACUUUUUUAUAGUUUUUUUUUUGCGGGAAAAACAGUUAGCUGGCUAGCUACACAACCAAAAAUAACGUAUCGGUUUGUGUACAAAGGCAAUACUUGUAUUUCUGAAAUACCUUUUUCUCAAACGCACUCUUAGUUAAUGUUCAAGUGGCACGAACGUGAGUACUGUAUGCAGCUGAAAACUUGAGAUGUUUACAUGCUAGCAUGGUCAGCUAACCAUGUUGUUAUUUUAGCCCAGCACCACACAGCUGACUUCGAACUGUCAAGAAUGGAGAGUUUACUUGUCAAAGAGAGUCCGCUGUUGUUACCACUCAACAAGGAGAAAACUGUCUAUGAUGGAUUUAUCACGGUUCAGGAGAGAGACUUCAGAAUAAGAAUACUGCUUCCACCAGAUCAUCAACUUAAACUGGCUAAGCUUCAAUGCUGCUGGCAGUUGAAACAGCUAUUGUGUGGAUAUGGGCACAUAGUAAAACAGAGAUUACAUCACUCUCCUGAUCUAGUCAGCUUUGUUCUGGAGCUGAAGACUGUCCUGGAAGUGGCCCUCAAGUGCAGGCCAGAGUGUCGCUCCAUCCCCCCUCCACAGUACUACUCUCAGCUCAUCAUUGAGAUGGAGGACCUGGGAUGGGAUAAGCUGGUGUCCAUUGACACGGAGUUCCGAACACUGAGACUGAGGGCUGAGGACUCCUCGGGGCGACAGCACGUCGUCACCGUCAAACUGAAGCCCAAGCACCCUGUAGAGGCCCCAUGGUGCUCCGCAGACCUACCUGUUCCACUGGCCAUGACUUGGACACCACAGAGUUCUCUGGGUCAUGUUCACACUCAGUUCCUGCUGCUUCUAGAGUCUCUGGCUGAGUUUUGGGCGGUUCUAGAUGAGAUCGAUGAAAAGACCUGGGUUCUAGAGCCAGAGAAACCCAGCAGAGCCGACACCAUGAGGAGGAUUGCCAUCGCAAAUAACGUGUCCAUAAAAGUGGAGGUUGACACACAACACCCAAAGAUGUUGCCAGAGUGCUGCCUGCUUGGAGCGGAGCAUGUGGUAACACCUUUGAGGAACAAGCUGAAUGCCAACAUGCAUUUAUGGAACCCGGACUGCAGCAUCUUGCAAAACCUCCGGGAUGUUUUGGAGAUAGAAUUCCCAUCACCUGCCACCCACGAAAAAUCUAGUUUCAGUGCGGAGUGUGGGAUCUGUUACGCCUACCGUCUGGAGUCGGCCAUUCCUGAUCAGGUGUGCAACGACCCUCGCUGCGGCCAACCCUUCCACCAGGCCUGUCUGUACGAGUGGUUGCGUGGACUACCUUCCAGUCGCCAGAGCUUCAACAUAGUGUUUGGAGAGUGUCCCUACUGCAGCAAGCCCAUCACAGUGAAGAUGUCCACCCAGAAACCCUGAGAGCUGACUGAAGCCUGGGCAUAGAGCUAUAAGGUUUAACAUGAGCCUCAGCAAAUCCAUAAUACAUCUCAUCUAAUGUAUAUCGUCUCACUCACGUCAUGACACUAUAGCAAACUGGAGUAAGAGUUGGGGAUGAUGCAAACCUAAAAUAGGCAACAACAAAAAAAGCUCAAAGAGCUGCAGGGAAAGGGCACCAAGUCAUCAUUCAGGACUGUCAGUCAGAGUGAAUAGAAAGGCCAGGGACAGGAAUAAGACCACCAAGGCACUACAGUACAGUGUGACAUUACAGCCACUCUUCUGUUUGGGAGAAGGCUCUGCUCUCUGGCCAUGGUCUUUGUGGCUGUAUUCCUCCCACUCACCAUAGUCAUAUAUGUGGAUGGGACUUUCCCAGUGGUCAGAUUCUGGGGGAUUGUGCUUAUUACUCUUACCCCCACACCGGUGGUCAUGGUUGAAGAUUUCUGAACCAUCCUCUUUGUACAGAUGUUUUUCCCAGUGUGUCUGACUGUGGUCCUCCCACUGGUCAUCAUGUGUUUGACCCAAUUUGCUUAUUGUAGGGGUUGUACUUUCUCUGGGUUGGAACAGUCUAUGGUUGACUUGUGGUCUUGAGGUCACAGCAACACCGUCAUCAGCAACUAUUUUCCUGACGCAACGUUUGGUUUGUGUUGAUGUUUUCUGUUAGGGGAUAAUUCACACAUUUGCUUGGGUUUCUUCCAUUGACCUGAACUUUUGUAACAGCCGUUAAUGUGAAAUUACAACAAAGGCAA